GGAGGCUCCGUUGGACGAGCCCUGCAGGGGUGGUGUGCGCCCCCGCCUCUCCCCUGGCAGUCGGUCGGAGAGGCGCUGCAGUCGGGACGGCGAGAUGAAGCUCAGCGUGGCGCUCUUCUUCGCCGGGUUCUUCGCGGCGCUCGGCGCCGUCUUCUUCCUCCUCUCCUUUGGGACGGACUACUGGCUGCUGGCCUCCGAAACCUGCGGCCCGGACCCCAGCGGGACCACCGGGCCCGGCGGCGUCAUCCUGGAGCGGGGGGAUGUCGUGGUGACGGACAGUGGCCAGGACCCGACCACCUUCUACCACGAGGGCUUCUUCUGGCGCUGCUCCUUUGGAGGAAAGCUGGAGGACGACACCAUGUGGAAGUUCUGGUUCACCAAUCAGCCCACCUCCAAGGUGUGCAUGCACGCCUACCUGUUUCCCUUCCCCGUGUCCGAGCAGACCCACAACGCCACCACCUACGACUCGGCCAUAAUCUACAGGGGGUUCUGGAGCAUCUUCAUGCUGGUGGGUUUGGUUGCCGUGGUGCUGGGCGGCUUCAUCAUCAUCUGCGCCGCGCCCUUCGCCAGUCACCGCCUCUAUAAGGCCGGGGGGAGCCUCUUCGUCGCUGCUGGCCUGUUCCUGCUGGCGGUGGUGGUGAUGUUCGUGAUCUGGGUCCAGGUUCUGGACGUGGUGAACGAGUACGUGACCCACCGAGCCAGCGGCUGCGUGGACUUCCAGCUCAACAUCCGCUACGGCCUGUCCUUCAUGUUCGCGCCCGUGGGCGUGUUCUUCAGCCUGCUGGCGGGGCUGCUUUUCCUCCUGAUUGGCCGAUCGCUGCAGCUGCAGUACAGCUAAGCCCCCCGUGCGGCGAAUGGCGAUUGGUUGGAAGGCUGGCCGUUGGGCGGUUUCUUCCGGGAUACCUUAAAAAGUCACUCGUGUUUGAACUGGAGGAACUGGGGGGGGGGCAGGUUUGGGAUCACUCGGGGGGCACCUGUUCAUGAGGGCACUUUUUCGAACUACGACUCCAACCAAGGCCACGGGUGUGUUUGAGAGUCCGGGUGUGGUCGAGGGCCCCAUUUUGGUUGCCUGAGAAUCGCUGCCCCUGGCAACCAAAAGCGGUUUCUGUGCUGUAAACAGUAUUUUCACAUGCAUCCAUUUCAUAUAUUCAUUACAUCUGUUUGAGAUUUUUUUUUACAAGAGUUUGAUUAACCACAGAAAACUUAAUCCGUAUUUCAGUUUAUCCUUCUCAACAUUCAUAUGCACGUGUGUCUAUUUUAAUAUUUUACAAAAUCCUGUUUGAUGUUGAUUUGUUCCUGGUUCCUUUAUCACAGUAGUACUGUUUCUCUUACCACACUGAAAGAGCUAGUAUGUGUUAGUAAUUGUGAAUUUCUGCCAUCGAUGAAUAACUACCGGUAUCUGUGAUUUGCCUUGGGCCCUCUGCCUUGUGUCUAUGGCUUUCUGUGACCAGAUAUCGUCUGAGGGACGUCAUCACCAUGAACUCAAAGUUAACGUGUGGAAAAGCACAAUUCCAAAGGCACGUAUGUUUAAUAUACUGCAUAUAUACCCUGUCACUUCAUUUCCACAUUUAAAGCAUACGGUGUGGUUGUGCUGAAGAUAUACUGUGAAAUGAAAUGCAUUUGCAAUAUAUUCUUUGGUAGUUGCAUAAAAUUAAAUGUUUGUAAA